UCUGAAAGUUCGCUCUCGCUCAACGAUACGGAUACGGAGCGAUAUGGUACACUUGUGGACUGGAUUACCGCUAAUUCGUUUUUGAUUGCCGCCAGGGGGGAUCGCCAAUGGACCGAUGCAAGGCAGCUGCUACUCCUCUCUGACCAAGGAAACCGAAUACCACCAGCUGGGAUAUAUCCUCGCCAGUCGCAAACAAGAACAACAGGGGCACACGAUCACACCGAAGGAUCACAAAAGGCUCGUGCCAUAUGAAGCAGGGGGUUGUUAAUAGCGCCUCCUGAAAGAACAAGCGACUCAUGCGGUCGUGCGUCGAGACAAAGUGAUCCUGCCGCAAGGAGCAGGACGAGCCGCUUAUCAGCCAUGCGAGGGUAUCGGGGUGGCUAAGGGUUGCAAACACGCGUUCUUAUCUUAAAGCUCUGGCUGUCGGGAGGGUGACGAAAUAGAGCAGAUGUGCAAACAACGGCCCCGAUGACUGAUGACUAACGAAACCCAGCAAUUACAGCUUGAGGGGAGGCGAUAGUUUCCAUCCAGCGACGCGUGCUCGGCACACUCGGAGAUCCACUGAAUAGGAGCAACUUUCGCCUGGGCAAUCAGAAUUGGCCUUUGACUAGGAGCUCCAAAAUUUCCAGUAUUAUAAUGUCCGUGGACAACAGCUUGGGAAUUCUAGACUUCUCAUCGGGUAAGGAGGGUGAGAAAACAGAAAUGACAGCAGCAAACAUAUACAAAACGUCGGAUAAGGAGAACGAUCCGGAUUCCCAUCUUACGGGUACUAUUUUCACCACUGGCGCCACUGCCCAGCCAGCCACGCCCACUACCGCAAAUGCCACCGCCCUACCUGCCACGCCUACUCUACCAGCUGGCCAGGAUUUGGGCGACGGUGCCUGUAGCAGCAAAACUACAGAUGUCAAGUCUCACUCGUACGUAAAUGGCAAUGGCAAUGGCGUGUACAAGAUCAUUAAGACACUCGGCAAGGGAAACUUUGCCAAGGUCAAGCUGGCGAUCCAUGUGCCCACCGGACGUGAAGUGGCCAUCAAGGUGAUCGACAAGACGCAGCUCAAUACGAGUGCUCGCCAGAAGCUGUACCGCGAGGUGAAGAUCAUGAAACUGCUGAACCACCCGAAUAUCGUGCGCCUCUUCCAAGUCAUCGAGUCGGAAAGGACACUCUACCUGGUGAUGGAGUACGCGAGUCGUGGGGAGCUAUUCGACCACCUGGUAAAGAACGGGAGGAUGCGGGAGCGGGAUGCCAGGGUGAUCUUCAGGCAGUUGGUAUCCGCCAUUCAGUACUGCCACAGCAAGUUUGUGGUCCAUCGAGAUCUGAAGGCGGAGAAUCUGUUGCUGGACCAGCACAUGAACAUUAAAAUCGCGGACUUUGGUUUCGGCAACACCUUCGAUCCCAAUGCCCAGCUGGAAACGUUCUGCGGAAGUCCACCAUAUGCUGCCCCAGAACUUUUUAUGGGCCGGAAGUACGCCGGGCCGGAGGUGGACGCCUGGUCGCUGGGAGUGGUGCUGUACACCCUUGUCAGUGGCUCGCUGCCCUUUGAUGGGGGCACCUUAAAGGAGUUGCGGGAAAGAGUCCUGCGGGGCAAGUACCGUGUGCCCUACUACAUCUCGAUGGACUGCGAAAACCUAAUGAGAAAGUUCCUGGUCCUGAAUCCCGCCAAGCGCACUUCGCUUUCGGCGGUGAUGUCCGAUAAAUGGAUAAAUCUGGGCCACGAUGAAUCCGACCGGUUGCGCCCGUUUCGCGAGAAGCCCAUGGAGCUGCAGGAUGCCAACCGGUUCGAUCUACUGAUGAGCAUGGGCCACAAGCGUCGUGAUGUGGAGCAGUCGGUGAAAGGGCAACUGUUUGACGACAUCUACUGCACAUACAUGCUGCUGGGCGUGGCCAAGCCGCGCUCCUCGAGCCGCAGUACGAAACCGGAGGCUAUACCAACAGUGGAUUUAACUUCUCCAUCUGUCAGUAGCCCGCUUCCUAAUAUCACCACGCCUACUGUUACCAUAGCUCAUGUCACGCUUGCGCUGGACAAGAAUCCGCCCAUCCACUCCUCCGCCUCCGUCUCGAGCAGACCCAACGCUCCGCGUUUGGCAAAUGGCCACAAUACGCCCACCUCGACGCCGCCAACGGGACCGCCUGCCAAACCCACACGUCGCACUCCAGCCAGGACACCAGCCCGCAAGGCCACCAACCAUUCGAGUGGCCAAGGACGUCCGGAGCCCUCCAGUCUGCCGCACACCCCACAGUCGAAGAGAGCCAGUGCCAACGUGGAUGUGAAGCCCACGCUAUUGAGCGCCCAGCGACAGUUGGCCCAGACACAAAAGCUGGCUAACACUCCACCACGCUUCCAGUACCCCGUUGGCCAAACUCCGAAUCAAGCCCAGGGGUCCUCCAGGCGACCCACGACCUUGUACGAGAAAGCGGAACCUGCAGUUACUCCACUUGUGGUGCCCAAGUCGCCGGCCAUCGGUGGUCGAUUGCUAGAACGGAUUCCAGGAGCGGGAGCCGUGGAAAAGACCUCCGAAAAACCCUUCACCCGACACAAUGUUGCGCGGGCCACUUUUCAUUUCGGCCAGGCUCGCAGUGGCAAACGGGGCGGUGGAUCGGGAAAUGGCGCAGGCGGGGAGGAGGACAGCUACCAGACGCCACCCUUAUCCGCGGACGACACCAAGCCCGCCUCGCGGGUAGGAUUCUUCUCCAAGCUAACCGCACGCUUCGGUCGGAGGGUAAUUCAUUUGAAUGAAAAGGAUGUCACCGAGCAGCGCAAGAACCUCACCAAAUAGGCAGAUGCCCGGUUUGGUUUGGGGCAUCUCAAGGUGAUAGAAAGAUUGAGUGAUAGAGAAAGUGAUACAGCAGGCGCUGCCCGAUCAUUCUAACAAGCUUAAGUCCAUCGGAAAAGUUGACAAAUCAGUUUGCCUUACAAGUGUGCGGCGAACGCUUUGCUGAGAUUUAGAAAAACUAAUCCUACCAGAAAUGACGGUAGCAAACACUGACAAAACGUCCGACAAGGAGAACGAUCCCCAUCCCCAUACAUCGAAACCCUCUACCGCCACGCCCCCUCCUGCAGCUGCCCAGGAUGUGGGCGGAUGUGUUGAGGGCAGUGGAGCCACGUCGAAUCACCAGUUCCAAUCUUAUGUAAAUGGCAACGGCUACGGAGUAUACAAGAUCAUCAAGACACUCGGAAAGGGCAACUUCGCUAAAGUCAAGCUGGCGAUUCAUCUGCCCACCGGUCGGGAAGUGGCCAUCAAGCUGAUCGACAAAACUUCGUUAAAUACGAUUGCACGGCAGAAGUUGUAUCGAGAGGUGAAGAUCAUGAAAAUGCUGAACCACCCGAAUAUUGUGCGCCUCUUCCAAGUUAUCGAGUCGGAAAGGACCCUCUACCUGGUGAUGGAGUAUGUCAGCGGAGGAGAGCUCUUCGAUCAUCUGGUGAAAAACGGUAGGAUGCGGGAGUAUGAUGCCAGGGUGCUCUUCCGCCAGUUGGUGUCUGCUAUUGAAUACUGUCAUAGGAAGUCCAUUGUGCACCGAGAUCUUAAGGCGGAGAACUUGUUGUUGGACCAGCACAUGAAAAUGAAGAUCGCUGAUUUUGGCUUCAGCACCACCUUUGAGCCAAAGGCCCAACUGAAGACGUUCUGCGGAAGUCCACCGUAUGCCGCUCCGGAACUCUUCAGAGGAAAGAAAUACUCUGGACCGGAGGUGGACUCAUGGUCCCUGGGAGUGGUGCUUUACACCUUGGUGACUGGUUCCCUACCCUUCGAUGGCAUUAAUCUGAGGGAGCUACGCGACCGAGUUCUGCGUGCCAAGUACCGCGUGCCCUACUACAUCUCCAUUGAGUGCGAGAGUCUUAUUAGGAAGUUCCUUGUUCUGAAUCCCACGAAACGUAUUACCUUAUCGGCAGUGAUGGCGGAUCAGUGGAUUAACAUGGGUUACGAGGAAGCUAAUGGAUUGACGCCGUUUCAGGAGAAACCUAUGGAUCUGCAGGAUAUUUAUCGAUUGGAUUUGCUGUCCAAUAUGGGUCACAACCUUCGUGAUGUAGAGCAGUCGCUGAAGAGCCAGCAGUUCGACGACAUCUACUGCACCUAUAUGCUCCUGGACGUUCCCGGGAAAUCGGCUGCUUUCAGGGAUCCUCCCACACUAGCCCCAGCCAGCAGUCGCAUUCGUGUUCCUGAAACUUCUCCCAAUGUAACUAUAAGCCAACUAACCUUUGCACCGGACAAGAAUACACCGAACAAACCGGUCGCCGCUUCCAAUCGUCCCAUGGCUCCACGUUUGGCAAAUGCCUUCACUCCGCCGCCUUCAAAAUUCAUCUGCCGCACUGCCAACAAGGCCGCCAAUCCAAGACGUUCCGAGCCGUCCAGUUUCCCACAACCAGCAUUGCUCAAGAAAGUAGUGGAUGUGAAGCCAACUCUACUGAGUGCUCAACGAAAGUUGGUCGUCAACCAAAAGUUGGCCAGCACCGCACACCACAUUCGGAAUCCCGGUCCGCAGACCCCAAGUCUAGCUCCACCAUCCACCAGAAGAGCCCCGCCUAAUUUCGAAAAGGUGGACUCGACAAGCACUCCCCUGAAGGUGAUUAAAUUGCCAUCCAACUUCCAGACUCCACCAUCCACCAACGACACAAAACGCUCCUCGCGAGUGGGCUUCUUCUCAAAGCUGUCCGCACGCUUUGUUCGGAAGUCAGUCCACAACGACGAAAAGGACAUCGAUGAGCAGCGCAGGAACCUCACUAAAUAGACAGGGGUUCAGCGCAUUCCAAAAGGAUUCUUCCUGCAUAGAUAAUCGCAAGUGAUAUGAUAGCAGCCCUGCCCGAAUGAACGAUCGGCCUAAUGUCUAAAUGGUAUUUUAAUUAAAACGACUUAAAUUUAGUAUUACAAAUAAAUGUUGAUGGACAUGUGUUUGCGCUAAGGUGAUCGUUCUGAACUGAUCUUGAAACUGGACUGUCAAAGCCAUUAAAAUACAUUACAACGAU